AUGGCACUAUACAACAAAGCAAACAAAAUCACAAAACCAGUUCUUCACCUAUAUAUAUUCAUCACAAAAUCUGACCUUUCAACCUACCGUCUUGAAAGACUCGUGAAUGUGCCUGAGCAUCUCUUGAUCCCUGUUCCACUCAGGAGUGGGUGCGUUCACAAAAUGCGCGUACAGUUUGUUCUUCGCGCAGGUCACAGAGAUGAGGCUAUGAGCCACAGUCCCGUCAAUCUCAUCCACGUCGGACAGUGCCAGAUUGUUGAGGAUGGCCUCCUUUGGGGCCAAUCGAGGAAAGCCCUCAAGGAAUGUCAGGUAUUCCUUCUCCGACUUCUUCCUAGGGUUGUAGAAUUCGCUGUCGGUGCCGUUGGUGCCCUUCUGGAUCUUGGACACCAGCUUCUCCUUCCAGCCCUCGGGGACGUCGUACGUGUACUCGGCGGAGGCUUUUUUGUCCGAGUUUCCGCCGUACCCGCCGUAGUUCGCGGCGCUCGCGGCGGUGCCGUAAGCUUGUACGCGUCGGCCGCCGUGGAGGGCGGGGUCGGCGCGGUGAGGAUCGUGGUGGCUAGGGCGGCGGCGGCUAGGGUUGUGGCUAGGGUGCUUUGUGGUUUGUGGGGUGUGGGGAUGAGGUUUGGCUUGGGUGGCGGCUGGGUUUUGGCGGCGGCGGUGGUGGUGGUUGGGGACAGGACGGCGGAUGGGGAGAAAAUUGUGGCCAUGGCCGGGAAAUUUCUUUCGGGUGAUAUUAUUUUGUGGUAUAUCGAUAUGUGA